AUGUCUUCAAAUACGCUAGACAACACGGCGCUUUUGGCAACCGGUAUCUGCAUGGUCACCCUGACCAGUGCAGUCUUUGGCUUCAGACUGGCAACCAGCCUGCUCGAGCGCAGGCAUCUCGCUUGGGAAGAUGGCUUUCUCAUCGCGGCGUACAUUGUAUUCUUGGUAAUUUCCAUUCUUUACAUGUUGGCAGGGCCGACGAUAUUCAGGCUCGAGGACCUCGCUGCUGGCAGGAUACCGAUGUACGCGACAAUCUUGGAAGACAGUCUGAGGAUCCAGAAAACAUUCUUCGUGACCACUUCGGGUCUCUGGAUCAGCCUGUGGCUCGUCAAGGGGUCCCUCCUCGCAGUCUACAAGAGGCUGAUGGUCAAUCUACGCCUGUUCACCAUCCUCUGGUGGGUGACCGUUGGGAUUUGCAUUUUGACUCUGGCAGGCGCCAUCACUUCGUCGAUGCUGUCUUGCUCCAGUUUGAAAGCUUGGUUCACAGCCGGGGCGUGCGGUACGCAGCGCGACAUUGAGGCGGCGUAUAUCAGUCUCUGGUACUCCUAUGCUGUAGACAUCCUCACAGACAUUCUUGUUAUGCUUCUGCCCCUUGGUCUCAUUCGCAACCUCCAGAUGAACAUGUCUCGCAAGCUUAGCAUAGCGGGUUUGUUCUGCCUCGGCUGGGUCUGCGUCGCCGUAUCGACCAUUCGCGUCGCCUACCUCGGGCGCAACGCAGUCGAGGGCUCGUCAUUCAAGCAGCCCGCAACAUCGUGGCUCGCGCUGUGGGGGAUCGUGGAGUCGGCAAUCGGUAUGCACCCCUUUGAUGACCCUAUUCUUCCCUCCUUGACGACUUCCAUGCUGACGAGUCAAUCCCGCAUCACAGCCGUCAUCAUCGGGUGCGGGCCUGGCCUGUUCCGCAAAGCCAAAGCUGUCUCGAAGAGCAGAAACAACUACUACAACAUGGGGGUCCCAGGCAGCUCCAAGCCAAAGUCCAAGUCUGCCAAUGGAAACGACAUCGACAUGCAAGCGUAUCGAAAUACUGUUCAGAUAAACAACGACACUAGCAGUCAGGAGGAAUUGGUUCACAUAAGAGGGAGGGAUAAGAUCGUGGUUACACAGUCUGUCAUGGUUAGCUCGAGUCGGGGGGACUGA